AUGAAGCGCUUCGUGACGAUCCUCGCGGCGCUCGCGCUCGCGCUCGUGCUCCUCGCACCUUCCGAUGUGCAGGCGAGGCAGCACGCGAGUUCGGCGCGGUCGUCCGUCGGUUCGACGGGUUCUCACGUCGGCCACAGGCACAGCGACGCGUUUCUGGGCUUCAUGGACAAGCACGGGAAGAACUACUGCGGCGAGACCCACCCGAACGCGUGCGAGACGUCCAUGCUGAGGGAGGAGAUCUUCAACCGUAACAAGAAGAUGGUCGAGGCGCACAACGCCAACCCAGACCGCACGUUCAACAUGGCGCUCGGCAAGUUCGCCGAUCUGAGCGAGGAGGAGUUCGAGCGCGUGCACCUCCGCUACCGCCCCUCCGCCGCGCGCGUCGCCAAGGUUGCCGACGAGCUCACGUACGAGAAGGUUGCGAGUUACCUCGGCGAAGCCGUCGCGGCGGCGGGCGCGAGCCAGGCGCAGUUGGAGGCGCGAAUCGAGGAGGAGUCCGGCAAGCAGUUCUCGUGGACCACCCCACCGAACGGAUACAACGCGGUGGUGACCCCGGUGCACAACCAGCAGGACAUCUGCGCGUCGUGCUGGGCGUUUGUCACCGCCGAUUCCGUCGCCAGCCGGUGGGCGGUGCUCAACGGCGGACAAGUUCCGGUGGAGGACAUGAGCGUGAAGCAGCUGAUGGCGUGCGAUACCCAGGACAACGGGUGCAACACCGGCAACAUGUACACCGCGUACGACUGGAUCGGCGAUAACGGCGGCCUCUCCUCCAGGCGGGACUACAACGACCCCAAGUACGUCAGCGCGGGACCCGAGGAUGACGACACCGCGACGUGCAGGGACGACCCCGACUUGCGCCUCUCGCUGGACACCCCGGCGAUGUGCGACAUCAAGAUGACCGGCGGUAACGUCGCGCUCAUGGAAGCCGUGCGCGGCGCGGGGCCCAUCGCCAUCGGCAUCAACGCCAACAACCUCCAGUUUUACGAAAGCGGCGUGAUCAACGCGGCGUCGUGCCCCCCCGCGGGUCGCGGCAUCCAGAGCAUCAACCACGCCGCGCUGCUGGUGGGCUGGGGCGAGGAGAACGGCGUCAAGUACUGGCUCGUCAAGAACUCGUACGGCUUGGAUUUCGGUGAGAAUGGAUUCUUUAGGCUCGAGCGCGCGGCGCCCAGCCCGGACACCCUCUUCGGCACGUGCGGCUUGCUCUUCGAGUCCGUCUACCCCGUCGUCAUCCGCGCGGGUGACCAAGCGGACGAGGGUACGCUGCGCUCGCAGUGCACGGAGGGUUCGGUGUUCAAGCAGGACUACUACCGCAACGAGGCGGACAACCCGGGCGCCGCGGCGUCCGCCAUGGCCGAAGCCGAGGCGGCGCUCUCGGCGUCGCUGGGCAAGAUGAGCGCGCGGGGAGCCGCGCUGGGAGCGGCGCCGUGGCGCGUGAGCGUCGCCAGGGACGUGAACCGACGGUGGGAGGGCUUAACUACGUUUGCGGCUGGGGCGUCGCUCGUCGUCGUCGCCGCGGCCGGCGUGGCUCUCGUCGGCGCGCGACUCGCCGUCGGUCGUCGCGAGCGCGAGCGGGAGACGAUCCCGCUCAUCCGGUAAACGAGGAGCGCCGAUGGGCUCUGCAUCGACAGUCUUUCCACACCGUAGUAGACUUUGCCUUGAAUAUCUUAAGUUUCGCCGCGUUGCGUUGC